UUUCCUGCUUUUUCAACUUCACCAGCCCCUCUGGGGUCGUCCUGUCUCCCAACUACCCAGAGGACUACGGCAACCACCUCCACUGCGUCUGGCUCAUCCUGGCCAGGCCCGAGAGCCGCAUCCACCUGGCCUUUAAUGACAUUGACGUGGAGCCUCAGUUUGAUUUCCUGGUCAUCAAGGAUGGGGCCACCGCUGAGGCCCCUGUCCUGGGCACCUUCUCAGGAAACCAGCUUCCUUCCUCCAUCACAAGCAGUGGCCACGUGGCCCGUCUCGAGUUCCAGACUGACCACUCCACGGGGAAGAGGGGCUUCAACAUCACCUUUACCACCUUCCGACACAACGAGUGCCCGGAUCCUGGUGUUCCAGUAAAUGGCAAACGGUUUGGUGACAGCCUCCAGCUGGGCAGCUCCAUCUCCUUCCUUUGUGAUGAAGGCUUCCUGGGGACGCAGGGCUCAGAGACAAUCACCUGUAUCCUAAAAGAGGGCAGCGUGGUCUGGAACAGCGCCGUGCUGCGGUGUGAAGCUCCCUGCGGUGGUCAUCUGACUUCGCCCAGCGGUACCAUCCUCUCUCCAGGCUGGCCUGGCUUUUACAAGGAUGCCUUGAGCUGUGCCUGGGUGAUUGAAGCCCAGCCAGGCUACCCCAUCAAAAUCACCUUCGACAGAUUUAAAACUGAGGUCAACUAUGAUACACUGGAAGUGCGAGAUGGACGGACAUACUCAGCACCUUUGAUUGGGGUUUAUCAUGGGACCCAGGUCCCGCAGUUUCUCAUCAGCACCAGCAACUACCUCUACCUCCUCUUCUCCACUGACAAGAGUCACUCAGAUAUUGGCUUCCAGCUCCGCUAUGAGACUAUAACACUGCAGUCAGACCACUGUCUGGAUCCAGGCAUCCCUGUAAAUGGGCAGCGUCAUGGGAAUGACUUCUACGUGGGUGCACUGGUGACCUUCAGCUGCGACUCAGGCUACACAUUAAGUGAUGGGGAGCCCCUGGAGUGUGAGCCCAACUUCCAGUGGAGCCGGGCCCUGCCCAGCUGUGAAGCUCUCUGUGGUGGCUUCAUUCAAGGCUCCAGUGGGACCAUCUUGUCACCAGGGUUCCCUGACUUCUACCCCAACAACUUGAACUGCACCUGGAUUAUCGAAACAUCACAUGGCAAGGGUGUGUUCUUUACUUUCCACACCUUCCACCUGGAGAGUGGCCACGACUACCUCCUCAUCACCGAGAACGGCAGCUUCACCCAGCCCCUGAGGCAGCUGACGGGCUCGCGGCUACCAGCCCCCAUAAGCGCUGGGCUCUAUGGCAAUUUUACCGCCCAGGUCCGCUUUAUUUCUGAUUUCUCCAUGUCAUAUGAAGGAUUCAACAUCACCUUCUCAGAGUAUGACUUGGAGCCCUGUGAGGAGCCCGAGGUCCCGGCCUACAGCAUCCGCAAGGGCUUGCAGUUUGGCGUGGGCGACACCUUGACCUUCUCCUGCUUCCCUGGGUACCGUCUGGAGGGCACCGCCCGCAUCACGUGCCUGGGGGGCAGACGGCGCCUGUGGAGCUCGCCUCUGCCAAGGUGUGUUGCUGAGUGUGGGAAUUCAGUCACGGGCACUCAGGGUACUUUGCUGUCCCCCAACUUUCCUGUGAACUACAAUAACAAUCACGAAUGCAUCUACUCCAUCCAGACCCAGCCGGGGAAGGGGAUUCAGCUUAAAGCCAGGGCAUUCGAACUCUCUGAAGGAGAUGUCCUCAAGGUCUAUGAUGGCAACAACAAUUCUGCCCGGUUGCUGGGGGCAUUCAGCCGCUCUGAGAUGAUGGGGGUGACUUUGAACAGCACAUCCAGCAGUCUGUGGCUUGAUUUCAUCACUGACGCUGAAAACACCAGCAAGGGCUUUGAACUGCAGUUUUCCAGUUUUGAACUCAUCAAAUGUGAGGACCCAGGAACCCCCCAGUUUGGCUACAAGAUUCAUGAUGGAGGUCAUUUUGCAGGAAGUUCUGUGUCCUUCAGCUGUGACCCUGGCUACAGUCUGCGGGGCAGUGAGGAGCUGCUGUGUCUGAGUGGAGAGCGCAGGACCUGGGACCGGCCUCUCCCCACCUGUGUCGCUGAGUGUGGAGGGACAGUGAAAGGAGAGGCGACGGGACAGGUGCUGUCACCUGGGUAUCCAGCUCCCUAUGAACACAAUCUCAACUGCAUCUGGACCAUCGAAGCAGAUGCUGGCUGCACCAUUGGGCUCCACUUCCUGGUGUUCGACACGGAGGAGGUGCAUGACGUGCUGCGCAUCUGGGAUGGGCCCGUGGACAGCGGGGUCCUGCUGAAGGAGCUGAGCGGCCCCACCCUGCCCAAGGACCUGCACAGCACCUUCAACUCAGUCGUUCUGCAGUUCAGCACCGACUUCUUCACCAGCAAGCAGGGCUUUGCCAUUCAGUUCUCAGUGUCCACAGCAACAUCCUGCAAUGACCCUGGCGUGCCGCAGAAUGGGAGCCGGAGUGGCGACAGUUGGGAAGCGGGUGACUCCACGGUGUUCCAGUGUGACCCUGGCUAUGCACUGCAGGGAAGUGCAGAGAUCAGCUGUGUGAAGAUCGAGAACAGAUUCUUCUGGCAGCCCAGCCCACCAACGUGCAUCGGUACAAAGCAACUGCCGGGUGCACGCUGCCCUCUGUUCUCAACGGUUGUGUGCUCCAGACCCCUCUUUAACUUGGAGCCUGGUUAUGACUUCCUCCAUAUCUACGACGGACGGGACUCUCUCAGCCCUCUCAUAGGAAGCUUCUACGGCUCUCAGCUCCCAGGCCGCAUUGAAAGCAGCAGCAAUAGCCUCUUCCUCGCAUUCCGCAGCGAUGCAUCCGUGAGCAAUGCUGGCUUCGUCAUUGACUACACAGAAAACCCACGGGAGUCGUGUUUUGACCCUGGCUCCAUCAAGAAUGGCACACGAGUGGGAUCUGACCUGAAGCUGGGUUCCUCCAUCACCUACUACUGCCAUGGGGGCUAUGAUGUUGAGGGCUCCUCCACACUCAGCUGCAUCCUGGGGCCUGAUGGGAAGCCCGUGUGGAACAAUCCCCGGCCAGUCUGCACAGCCCCCUGUGGGGGACAGUAUGUGGGUUCAGAUGGAGUGGUCUUGUCCCCCAACUACCCCCAGAACUACACCAGUGGACAGACCUGCUUGUAUUUUGUCACCGUGCCCAAGGACUAUGUGGUGUUCGGCCAGUUCGCCUUCUUCCACACGGCCCUCAACGAUGUCGUGGAGGUGCAUGACGGCCACAGCCAGAGCUCCCGGCUCCUCAGCUCCCUCUCGGGCUCCCACACAGGUACCCAGGGCUCUGCCAGCAUGGGGGCGGGGGCGGACCGGGCAUCACAGGCCGGCUGAAAGGAAAGGGGCCCUGGAAGCACAGCUUUGUGUCUGUCAUGCUCUGGUGCUGUGUCUACCACAGGAUGGCCAGCUCCUGAGAGCCCACACACAGCAGGG